AUGAAAAGUACGGGCUUGCAGGACCCCUAUAUUGCUGUGUUGCCGCAGCUCGCCCUUUCCAAUGCCAACCUCCGGAAGGCAGUUCUCUGUUUUGGCGCUUCUCAGUAUAAGGCGCUUGGGAGGGAUGACAAGUACUCAUCGAUGGUUGUAAAGUUUUCCCGAGAGUCGUCCUUUUCCUUCGUCCGCGAGGCGACGAGCGUCAUGCCCGACGAGCGAGACACCCUCGCUACCAUCGCCGCUGGCGUCUUUCUUCACUACUUCAGCCUCGAUCGCCGGACGCCAUAUCUGCAUCUGUCGACGUGGCUGGCAUCGAAACUGCUUUCGCGCCCAACCAAGUCUGCCAAUAUCCGCCAAAUCUCGAACGAGGAGAUCUUGACUUUAUUGCGCUGGAGCGUAAUUUCGUCCGCAUGCUCGUUGGGUCUGUCCCAGACGUAUCUCUCAUUGGAGAACUUCCGCAUGAUUCAGCUACUGGAAGAGGAAGUAGGCUUGAACCUUUCAGGUCACUCUGCCCUCUUCAAGGACUGGGUUAACCAUCCCCUGUAUGCCUUCUCCUCGCGGCUCGUCAAUCCGCUUCUCUUGAUGGGCAAACUUAUUCAACAGACGAUGCUGAUGGGCACGGGCCAAGGUAUGCCGGAAGAGCACGCCGCCCAAUAUCAACAAGAGGUUCUGGAGGUCGAGGAAGGCCUCUCCCACGCUCGCAGGGAGGAUCUGCGACUUUUGAAUAGUCUGAAUCCCACUGACCCAGAUCCGCUGAUUUGUGUAAAUGAAUCUAUGCAUGCUGCGGCAUCCAUCUUGCUGCACUCUCGCCUCAAGGGGUUGCCUUCUACGGCCCCUGUUAUUCGCUCCAACGUAGAUAUCAUCGUGAACCAGCUCUCGGAUAUAGCAGGAGACUCGAGGGCCUUAUACGCGAUCUGGAGCCAGGUCUUCCGUGGCCGUCCUGGCGAGAUCGAGUUGAUCAUCCAUAUCGGAUUGAUCGUCUGA